AUGGCGGACGCAAUGAGAAUGGUCACAAGUCUACUUCUUUUAUAUUUCUUCCUCCUCCCGUGCCUAACGAAUGGCUCGGUAGCAUUGGCGUCAACGAUUUUGUCAGGCAAAGGGCCAUGGUGCGUGGCCAGGGCGGAAGCGACAAGGGAGGCGCUCCAAGCGAACAUCGACUAUGUUUGCGGGUUUGUCGGAGGGGCAUGCGGCGCGAUACAGGAAGGUGAAUCGUGCUACUCCACAGACAUCGUCAGGCAGGCAUCCUACCCCAUGAACGCCUACUUCUACUACUAUGGCCCCACGGAGAUGAACUGCGACUUCAAUGGUACCGGCAUCAUCAUAACCUUUGACCCUAGUCACGGGAAUUGCGUAUAUCCUUCACGAAAUAUGCUGGAUUAA